AUUUAUUUAUAGAAAAUGCAAAAUAGAUUGAAUAAGGAAUUAACAGAUUUAACAUCAACCAGUCCACUUCAUGGUGUAAUUAUUUCUCCUGACCUAAAUAAUAGAUUAUUGUAUAGAAAUUAUAUUUAUUAAAGAUGGACAGCUUUUAUUGCAGGACCAGAGGGUACAGCAUAUUAAGGAGGCUAAUUUAAACUAACAAUUACUUUUCCAGAAAACUAUCCCUUUAAAGCCCCAUAAUUUUUAUUUACAACUAAAAUUUUCCAUCCAAAUAUUACAGAAAAGGGAGAAUUUUGUGAAGAUAUGAUUGAAACUAAAGUAUAUUGUAAUACAUAAAAUAGGAAUAAUGGCAACCUACUAAAACUGUAAAAUAAGUUUUAGAAAAAAUCUUAAAUAUUAUGGGAUAAGUUAAUACUGAUUAAGCACUUAACCCUAAAGCAAUGGAAUUAUAUAAAAGUGAUAAAAACAAAUUUGAAGCAACAGUUAGAUAAGAAACCUAAAAAUUUGCUAAAUGAAAGCAUAAGUAUAAUAUAUAAUUCGAUUAUAUCUUGCCU